AUGGCAAACCCGGACCUUUGCUAUCUUUCCGCAACCGAACUGGGUGAACGCAUUGCCGCCGGUGAGAUUUCCUCGCUGGAGGCCACGGAAGCGUUCCUGGAGCGCAUCGCCCGACUGGACGGCAACUACGCCUCAUACAUCACGGUAACCGCCGACCGCGCCCGUGAAGACGCUCGCCGCGCUGACGCCGAGAUAGCAGCCGGCCAGCGAUUGGGUCCGUUGCACGGCGUUCCCGUGGCGGUGAAAGACCAGUUCAAUACGGCCGGAAUCGUAACCACCAAUGGGUCUACGAUAAUGGCCGAGAACGUGCCGGAUGCAGACGCUACGGUGAUCGCGCGCCUGAGGGCGGCCGGUACGGUGUUGCUGGGCAAGCUCAACAUGAGCGAAUACGCCAGCGGCGAUGCUUUCCGAUAUCCCUAUGGCCGGCCCCGCAACCCCUGGGAUACCGGGCGCAAUCCCGGAACCAGCAGCAGCGGUUCGGGAGCAGCCACGGCGGCGUUUUUGUGCGCAACAUCCCUGGGGGAAGACACCGGCGGCAGCAUUCGAGGGCCGGCGGCCUUUUGCGGUUUGGUGGGCAUCCGGCCCACCUUCGGCAGGGUCAGUCGACAUGGAGUGUUUGGCGCCAGCUGGUCGAUGGACACGGUGGGGCCGAUCUCCAGAACGGUUACCGAUUGCGCCAAUACGCUGGAAGCAAUCGCGGGACAUGACCCGAACGACCCACAAACCUGGGAUGUGCCAGUCCCGAAUUAUUCAGCCGCACUCGACGGCAACAUUGAUGGUUUGAAAGUGGGGUUGGUAACCGAGCGGGUCCAUACCGAUGCCAACGAUCCGGAAGUUCGCGACGCGGUUAUCAAAGCCGCUGGCGUGCUCGCCGGACUGGGCGCUGAGGUGAGCGAAGUUUCCGUCCCAUUGAUUGUUAAUUCUUCGGAAAUUUCUUACGGCAUAAUCGGCAGCGACGCCGCCAUGCUCAACUGGGACAUCAUAUCCACCGAGCGCCUGGAGGAACUGGAUCAUAAUAAUCAGGUGCGGUUGCUGAUGGGCAGCAUCGUUCCCGCCAAGGUGUAUCAGAAGGCCACCAGAUUGCGCGAUGUGCUGCGCCGUCAGAUCCUGGCGGCCCUGGUGGACGGCAUCGCUUAUUCGCGCGCCCUGGAAAACCGGCGGCAGUUUAUCGCCGACAUGGAACAGCUUUCCCAACAAUGCGACGUCCUGCUCACCCCGGCCGCGCCGUCGCCGCCGCAGGCCGACGUCACGAACACCGGCGAUCCGGCGUUCCAGGGGCCGUGGACAUCAUGCGGGUUGCCGGCUAUUUCCCUGCCCUCGGGCAUUGCCGAAUCCGGUUUGCCGCUGGGGAUUCAACUGGUGGCGUCGCCCUUCGCCGAAGCCCGCCUGCUGGGGGCCGCGGCCUGGUGCGAGACGGUAUUAAACGUUGAACUGAAUCCGCCGUUAUAA